AUGACCUCUACCACCACCCCGCCCGCCGAAUCCGCCCUCUUCACCCUCUCCGACAUCCCCAACAAAGGCAAAGGACUCAUCGCCAACACGACCAUUCCCCCCGGCACACUAAUUCUCUCCGAAGCACCCCUCUUCACGACCUCCUCUCUCCAAAACCCUUCAACAAUCGAAUCCGACUUGGCCAAAAUCAUCCGCUCGCUCCCCAAAGAUUCUCAAAGAGAUUUUCUAUCUCUGCAUAAUAAUUUCAAAGGCUCUCCGAAUCCUUUUAGUAACAUCGUUCGUUCCAACGGUUAUCCUUUAGGUCCCUCUUCUUCUUCUUCUUCUUCUUCUUCUUCUUCUUCUUCAUCUAGUGAAGAAGCAGGCGCAAUAUUCCUAACAAUCGCCCGAAUCAACCACUCCUGUCUCCCCAACGCCCAACACUCCUGGAACGCACCUCUGCAACGUAUGAGAAUCCACUCCAUCAAAACCCUUCAGCCAGGAGAAGAAAUCACCUUAUCGUACAUUCUCCCCUGCGGCCCAUCCUCCACCCGCAAAAAACUCCUCAAAGAGAAUUUCUGCUUCAACUGUCUCUGUCCCCUCUGUACAUCCCCAACCCCAACCCUCGCCAAAUCCGACUCCAACCUCCUGCUCGCCGCGAAGCUAGACGCGCAAAUCGGCAAUCCACGCCACGUUUAUCAAAACCCCACAUCUGCCCUGCGAGACUGUUUCCGGCUCCUCCAAAUCUACCUUAACGAAAACAUCACAGAUUUACGGGUGGCGCGAUUAUAUUAUGAUGCAUUUCAAAUUUGUGCCAUGCAUAGCGAUGGGGUGCGGGCGAGAGAAUUUGCGCAGAGGGCGAGAAGGGCGAGAGUGGUGUGUGAGGGGGAAGAGAGUGUGGAGGUGCAGAAUUUGAGGGCGUUGGAGGAGAAGCCGGAGGGGUUUGAGAAUUGGGGGGUUACGGGGAGGUGGAAGGGGGGGAAGGGGGAGGGGAAGAUGCCGGGGAGGGGAGAUGGGGAGGGGGAGGAGGAGGGGGAGAAAAAGGAGUUUGGGAGGUGGUUGUGGAGGUUGGAAUGA